CUGUCAAGUGUCUGGACUAGACCUCAUAGAAGGGGCAGUUUAAUUACUCUGAAAUAAGUAUUGCUGUAUUUUGUUGCUUCAUGCAAAAAUAUUUUUAUACAUGAAAUACCCUAUUUUCUGAGAAAUCAUAGGCAUUUAAAAUACUGUUUUGGGUAGUUGGUAGGUGGUCAUGGAAUAUGUGCUUUGACUAAAGACAAAAGAAAAUUGAAAAUAUUCAGAAAAUUUCCAGUUAUGCUCUUGGUUGUGCUUAUUGAGCAACUGCUCUAAUCAUAUGUCUGUAUCAUAUUAGAUAUAGAAAUAAUCAUUCAGGUGAUGUUUGAAGAUUCUAACAUGUAAGAUCUUGUGUUCAUACAGAAAACUGUUUUGUACCAAUCUCCGAGAUCAUUGCUGUAGAAGAAACUGAGUUUAACAAGAAACAACGUAACAUUGGCAGGUGGCAAAAAAUGGCAAAGCUACAUGCUUUCACAGUGCAUUAUGUGAAGAAAUCCCGAAAUCACCGCUGGCGGUGCAGUGAUGCGAUGUUCUGGUGUGUUGAUGAGCACUUGUGUAAUCAGUGGACACAGGCGCUGAAGGAAUUACUUGAAAUGCAGAAGUCUAGACCAAAGCAGCUGCUUGUGUAUAUUAAUCCCUAUGGAGGAAAAAGACAAGGCAAGAGGAUUUAUGAACAGAAAGUUGCUCCACUCUUCAGUCUGGCUUCUAUAUCAACUGAUGUUGUUAUAACUGAACAUGCUAACCAUGCUAAGGACAACUUAUUUGAAGUUAAUAUUUAUAAAUAUGAUGGUGUUGUUUGUGUUGGUGGGGACGGCAUGUUCAGUGAAGUGAUGCAUGGUCUCAUUGGAAGAAUGCAGAAGGACUCUGGCAUAGACCAAAAUAAUCCCAAAGCAUCGUUAGUCCAGUGCAAUAUAAGGAUUGGCAUAAUUCCUGCUGGAUCAACAGAUUGCAUAUGCUAUUCAACUGUUGGCAUUUCUGAUCCAGUAACUUCAGCUCUUCAUAUUAUUGUAGGUGACUGUCAGCCUCUGGAUGUCUCUUCUGUACAUCACAACAACACAUUUUUGAAAUACUCUGUGUCAUUGCUGGGUUAUGGUUUUUAUGGAGAUAUAUUAAAAGACAGUGAGAAGAAGCGGUGGAUGGGUCCAAUGAGAUAUGACUACUCAGGCUUCAAGACUUUUCUUUCUCAUCACUAUUAUGAAGGAACAAUUGCUUAUCAACCAGCAGAACACACACAUGGAUCUCCCCGAGAUAAAGAGAGCUGCAGAACGGGAUGUUACAUCUGCAAGCAAAGUGAGAAACAGCUGGCAGAACAGAGCAAGGAACAUGGAUUAAAACAUGAAGAAGGUGAAGAAGAAUGGAAGGUUAUAAAAGGGAAAUUUCUAGCCAUCAAUGCAGUAAAUAUGAGCUGUGCAUGUCCACGAAGUCCAAAAGGUCUUUCACCAGCAGCUCAUUUGGCAGAUGGUUCAGCAGACCUCAUUCUAGUUCGGAAAUGCUCCAGAUUCGAUUUUCUACGGUAUCUUGUCAGACACACAAAUCAAGAUGAUCAGUUUGACUUUCCAUUUGUAGACGUUUAUCGGGUUAAGUGUUUUCAAUUUACAUCAAAGCUUUCAGAAGACAAUGAAAGCAAUGUCAUGGACAUUGGAAAGAAACGUUUUGGCCAGUUCUGCAGAGAUCAUCCAGCCUGUUGCUGUAAUAUUGUUAAUAGUACCUGGAAUUGUGAUGGAGAAACUCUGGAUAGUUCAGCAAUUGAAGUGAGGGUUCACUGCCAGUUAAUGAAACUGUUUGCAAGGGGAAUUGAGGAAGACUGUAAAGAUGAAGCUGCCCACAGCCAGAGUAGCAUUGAACAAUUAUUAUAGACAUUGUUCCUCCAAUGGGAGAAGAAAAAGUAAAAUCUCAAGGAAAUUGAGUAAAUAAGCAUUUUAGUCAAAUUGACAAGUAUUUUAAACUUGUAGAUUUUUUUUAUGGCUUCACUAUAAUUUUAGAAAUCUUACUGUAUUGUGUCAUUUAAAAAAAACCAUUGUAAUAAUUAAAAUAUAUAUUGGAGUAAUGUAAUCUGUUACAUUAGAAAACAUGGCAUUGGCCUAUAUCUGUGUGUUCAUGAUGACUGAUAAAUUCUCUUUGCUUUUUUAGAGAGCUAAUUCAGUAGUUGUGUUGCAAUAAUAUCUAAAUGUUAUGAAACAUUGGACUUCCCACUGGCACCAAGAUAUGACAUUUUCAGUGUCUGAGAAGAUGUUUUCUGCUGGGAGUGUUAUGUAAUUAUGUGUGGCUUAAAUGCUGGACAACGAUGUUGUCAUUUGCUUUUUUUUUUUUUAAUUAGAAUAUUUCAUUUUGCAAUUCUGACAAUACCUUGCAACUUAUCAAUGCAAUUCAAACACACAUUCCUGGCUUUAAGUAAUAAUAAUAGUGUACAGAUAUUUGAAAAAUAAAAGCACAACUAUAUACAGGUCACACCUCAUCCUAUACAGUCUUUGAAGGUUUCCUUGCAUCAUGCUUUUUGGAAUUAUAAAAGGUUUUGUGACUAUUUGGAUGAUACCAAAUACCACACAGUGCAACUGAAAAGUCUUGCAAGUAAAUUGCAGGAGUACUUGUAUAAUAUCAGGAAGGCACAGGAAAGGAAAAUAUAAAUAAGUUCUCAAACACCAGCAAGUUUUAGGUUUUAAUAAUAUCUGGUAUUAACAUAUUAAAAACUUCUCUCUUCACAAUUCUCUGGACAUUCUGCUCCAUGUGUUAAAAUGUCUUUGCAAAAUAAGAUGUUGAAGUGUUAAGUUUAGAAAUAUGAUUUGAUGAUUGAAAAUCCUUAAAAUUAUCUAAUUAAAUAUGAAACAAAAUAAUUUGCUUUGUGAAGCCAAGGGAAGAAACUGGCAUCUAACAAAUCAUGAAUUCACUGUGCUGAUUUGUUUUUAUAACAAAAAACAUUAGACUGUCAUAUAGAGAACUAUGGAGUGAUUAUUUAAGUUGUAUAUAGUUUUGUGUAUUGUGGCACAUACAUGUUUUGUGUCCAGGGUUGGGGCUAAAUUUUGCUCUUCUUGUACAGCUUAUUCCUGUUAGAGGACAGAAGUUAGCUCCUGUUCUAUUCUAUAUUUUUAAGUGUUUCUUUAAGUUCAAAGUUCUCUUUGAAACUGACUUUAAGACCCUUUAUCUGAGGGGGUUUUUUGUGUCCAAACAGCUGAUGAUUCUGUAUUCAUGUAUAUUUAUUUGUACUUCUGUCAUCCAGCUUGUGUUAGUUUCAUGUCUCUCAUAUACGUGGUCAGUGUAAGCCAUGGUGAUUGGUCAUUUCAUUACUGAAGCACUUGAAUAUUGUUAUAAAUGGCAGGUUAUUUUUUUUUUAUUGAAGUUAUUUACAUUCCAGUUUUGUGUAUUAUCAAAAUUGUGUUCUAUAUCUUUGCUACAAAGUAUUAUUCAUAUUGCUCUAUAUGAAAAAAACCACUUGCAAAUUAUAUUUGCCUCCAGUACAAUCAUACAAAGUUUAGGAUCUUUAUUUUGUUAUAUAGUAUUUCAGGAAAAUACUUGAAGACUUUUUCCAAAACUACUGCUCUUUGCUUUCCUUAUUAAUGCAAUGAGUUGAAAUGUUGAUUCAUCCAGUGUUUUUUUUGACACUUCUAACACAGGUGUUACAUAUACUGUAUUUUUAAAGCCAUGUUUAAUAAGUGAUAUUGUAGUUUUGAACUAACAUGCCAUUGAAAAUGAAAUUAUGCAGUUUUACAAAUGUGAAUAUUUUUUGAAAGUGUCAUUUGUUAAAAAAUGUCUAUAGUUAUUGUGGUUAAUCCAUGAAUAUUGUGAGAGUACCCAGACUUUGAAGAUACAGUAAUUCUUGUGCAGGAGGUAAUGGUGCACACUCAGCUUACCAACAGUGGAGGCAUUGCAGCUAUCCAGAGCACAUUCUCAUCAGUGAGAACUGGAAUAAAUACUAACCAGCUCUUUCCAUUAGUUUACUAGAAAGUCAUGAGACCCCUACUUGAAAAAUGGAGAUUUAAUCUCAUAGUGAAUAUAUAUUGAAAUGCUUUGAAUAUUUGAGUAUCUGCAACUGAGCGCUUAGUGUUCCCAAAGAAAGCCACAGUGAAGGUCUCCUUUCUGAAAAAAGCCACCAGAAAAGAAUGAAAGAUCAUUGUAUACUAUUGUAAAGAAGUGUGAAGUAAAUAAUAAAGGUAUUGCAACAUAAUAAAAUUUAAAGGUCAUAGGUAAUAGAAAAGCUGCAUAGUUGCAUUUGAAUAAUUCUAUUUGUAGCCUAUUAAAGUAGCAAAGCACCAUAUGUGAGUUCUAUGACAUGUCUAGUUUAUUUUUAAGAGCGCUGUGUAAGUAAUGUCUUCUUACAUUUUAAUUCUAGGGAUUUUUUUUUUUCUCUGAAUGUAAACUUAUUAUGGAAAUUAUGUAUAGGAAAACCAGCUUUGAUUUUUCUUUUUUCCCAAUCUUGCUGGCUUCAAGAUUAGAAAAUGUGUUCUGUUUUAUGAAGCUAGGGCAUUUCAUUAAAGAAAUAAAACUGCAUUGUACAACAGCA